CCCUUCGAAGUUCGAUCGGUCUGAGAACAGCUGGGAGAACGUUCUUGAAGGGGGAUGCUCCGAAACGGUGUUUGAGCGUGCUCGUAUAAGAGUGAAAGGCCAUCCAGACAGCUCAAGGCAUGACGAAAUAUUGGUUGAACGUAGCCCUUCUCAGGGUUGUUCUACCAGUCAUCUUAGCCGGAUGUACGAUAUGGCGACCAACGGGAUUGUCGAUCGUCUAUUUGGCACUUAUGCUUUAUUCUCCGAUGGUUCCAAUACCGACGCACAAAACCAUGACAGGCCACACGGGGAUAUACCUGAAGAUUUGCAUUUGUCUAGCUCUUCUUGUAGCCAUAUCACAGAUCACCUUUCACAUUGUUCUUUUGUCACUACCGCCGUACGGAUACUUUCUACAAAACUGCGAGUUUAUGGAGAAGCUCUUCAGGCACAUAGGCCUUGUCAGAUUAGAUAGCGCAUCUGUAUGGGAAGUAUUUUACUGGCUGGCGCCAGAAUUCAUAGUCUUACCCACCGUACUUGCCAUAUAUUUUAUAUCUCGUUUCCUUACACAAAGACGUAUCAGCGACGAAGAGGAGGAAGCUGCUCUUCAUCAGGAAAAUAAUCCUCAACAACAGAAAACUGAUGACAAUACUACAAAGAUAAUCAAUUUCCUGGGAAGUAUCGGUACCUACGUUGUCCUGGCGUCAUUAUGCUGUGUCGCGGCCUUGAAGCCAUCGAUAGAGGCGGCUUUCUACUUCCUGGUGUUCCUCGGCGCCGCUACGUGCUGGGCAUGCAACAGAGAACUGCGCAAAGGAUUUGCCGUGAUCUGCAGGAUCAUCAUGGUCAUCGUGAUCGUUCACAUCGUUAUGUUGCUCGCCUACCAGAACGAAUGGCCGCAGGAGAUCAUUCCGGUAUCUGGUACUUGGUCGCGCUACCUGGCCCUGACUGCAGUUUAUCAUACCAAUUGCACCGACCCGAGAGAUGUGGAGUAUACAGAUGAUGCCGAUUGGUUGAUUUACGGAUAUGCUUUGAGAUUGUUCUGGCUCUACUACAUCCUCGCAUUGCAGGCGCAAUUUCUCAGUAGUAAACCGGCGUUACAGGCUAAGGAAGAAAAACGAUUAAGCGGCAGACUGGAGAACCUGGACACUCCAUUGUCUAGGCACGUGUCCAUCAGACGCAGGACACCUUCGCAAAGAUGGCAAUCAGCGCGACGUAAGGCUCGUAAGCCGGUCGUAGAUUCAUCGUUAGCAACGAUCGACGAACGAACACCUCUAAUGCGAUUUGGAUCUGGAAGAGCGGGGCUUCUUCAGGAUUCCACUACCGGAAGUAUCAUCGUCAAUCAAGAUGGUCAGCAGGACGAUAACAUACAGAUGCAGAGUCUCAGUGAAGGAACGCCUGAUGAAACGCCGGGCGUCGUUGAGCAAAUAAUUAUGGCAGUGUAUUCGAUCUUCCAAUUAAUAGUAAAUUCAUCAUAUCUUGCUACGAACAUAAUAAUGAUGACGUGGAGCAUAAUGUAUCACAGCUGGACAACAUUCGUCCUGCUUUUGUGGGCACUUAUUCUAUGGAUGGUUCCCAAUAAACGUGCUUCCAUGAUGAAGUGCUCUCCCUUCAUCGUGUUCUAUGCGACCCUCUUACUUCUCGGACAAUAUAUAUACAGUAUGGAUCUGACCGAUGAAGAAUUGCCGAGAGUAGUAAGCGGCGUAAAGAUCUCUGAAAUUGGUUUCAGCAAAGCCGACGAACUCGGCCGCUGGCAUCUUAUAGUUAAGUGCUUAUUCAUAUCAAUGUUUUGGAUCACUAUGAGGCAGUACAUGGCAGAACGAAAGCAACAGCGACGAUCUUCUGCUCUGAGAGACAUGGUAGCGCCGUUACACGUAUCUGUCUCGACGGCCACAACCGCCAUGAGUCACGAGGCACCGGAAAUCAAGAGCAAAUUUAUGAAAGAUGUCGGAAAACUAUUGCAAGACCUAUUGACGAGAUUCUGGAUUGCCGUCGUAGCAAUCAUGCUGUUCAUCUGCGGCAUUACGGGCGAACGCAUGACUAUGUUCAGAAUCGUUUACAUGUCGCUAUUCCUCAUCUUCGUCAUUACAUUCCAGAUAUCGUGGAUAGCAUGGAGAAGAAUGAUGUACAUAUUUUGGGUAACUGUCAUUGGAUAUUCGAUGGUCAUGCUGAUCCUCGUUUACACCUACCAAUUUCAGAACUUCCCAAAAUAUUGGGAGUAUCUCGGUAUAGAUCAAGAUUUGCAAAUGGACAUUGGGUUGGAAACUUACGAGAUCAAAGUCCUGUUUGUGAGAUUGUUGACGCCAACAUUUUUCGUUAUCAUCACAGUACUUCAGAUUCAUUAUUUCCACAAGGAUUUCCUCGAAGUCACCAAUAUUGAUAGAUUAGGGUUCAUAAUGAUCAAUUUUAAAAGAAACAUACAGAUAAAUUCAAUCAACGUGAUGGCCGCGAUAGUAUCGCUUCUAAUAGUCACCAAGAUGUUAUAUCAAAUUAAAUAUAUUAAUCAUGAUAACUGGAAUGUCAACUGCACGAUCGAUGAGGGCCAUCAGCAGUACACGAGUAACAAUACUGUUUACAAUAUAGCCGAAUGGUUUGGAAUGAGAAAAGCAAUUCCGGGUGGACUUCCAGAUCUGUUGAAAGGCUACAUCGGCAUCGUUACUGUGACGACUUUCAGAAAAAUCAUCAGAAUCCGUCAAUGGUUUUAUCGUCAUAAUAAAGGAGAAGCAUUAGAUACUCCUCAAGUAAUGUUCCCAAGCAUCACCAGAAUGGAUGCUGACAAGGGAAUACCGGAGUGUUUAAAGUUCCUCUUCAACUAUGGUUUCUAUAAAUUCGGCCUCGAAAUGUGUCUCAUUGGAAUUGUCACCCUGAUCGGCACGCGAUUGGACUUUUACUCCGUUUUGUAUAGCAUGUGGUUGCUAUUAUUCUUUUCAUUGAAAAGGAAAACUGUGGCACGAAUUUGGCCCUGCUUUAGAACUUUCGCCAUAAUUCUUCUACCUAUUCAAUACGCAAUUGUUGUGGCUCCACCUUCGUGGCUUUGUAUAGAUUAUCCUUGGAACAAUUCUGAAGUAAUGAGAAGAUUACAAGAAUGGAUGUAUCUUCCCGAUCCAGAUUUUCCACCAAAUUCGAGAAAACUGAUUUGUGACUUUAUCUUGCUAAUGAUGAUCGUGCGGCAAAGUCUAGUCUUUCACAUUGAACAACAAGGUUUGCGGCCUGGCAAGGAAUUUGUGGCUGGUCACAAUUAUUCCGUUUUCCAAGAUAUGGAAAAACCAAAUUUUGUGAAUCCCGUGAAGGAUUACGUGUCGCACAUUCAUUCAUGGUUGGACGUAAUUAAACGUGGUGGCAUGAUGAGUCUCAUGUGGGUGACACUGUCGAUUAUGUUCCUGGCUGGAACGAAAAGAACGAAUCUCUUUUCGCUCGGCUAUCUCAUAGGAGCAUUCAUAUUCCUUUGGCAAGGAAGUAAUUUUUACUUGAGACCAAUGAAGACAAUCUUGAAAUGGUGGAACAUGUUGAUCGGGUACAACGUCAUUGUUAUUUUCUCAAAAGCUCUUCUUCAGGGUGUGGGUUGUGUCCUCAUUAAAGAUCUCGAACGUUCAGCCUGUUGGCUGGUGCAAUUACUGGGUAUCGCAUGCCUGAAAAAGUUCAAGAGCUCCACUGAACUAAUGUUGGAUCCCGCCAAGUGUAGUGUCACUAGUGAAGACAUCGGCAUGGUCUGGGACGGAUUGUGUUUCGCCUUUCUCCUGAUGCAGAAACGACUCUUCAAGAGUUACUAUUUCUUCCAUAUUGUGGACGAGACGAAAGCCAUGAGCAUUCUAGCGUCUCGCGGCGCGGAACUGCUUGAAGAACUGCAUCAGAAACGUAUAGAAAUCCAAGAGAAUAUAGAGAAAACCGUUUUAGAAAAAUUAAAGUUCAAGAUGGACAAGAUCAAGGCUAAUCAACAGAGGAUACAGGGACCAUCUUAUAAAGAACCUCAGACUCACAAAGUCGAUGAACUCUAUCCAGGAACACGGCCAUUGUACAAAAUUCGUUCACCGAAGACCAACAGAGAGGCGAUCAGAUCCGGCGAUUACUACAUGUUUGAUGAUCUGGAUGACGACGACGUCACUGAUCUUAUUCCUGUCAGCGAGAUUGAAAAGAAGGAAAAAGAACGUCGCCGUGAGCAUGAACAACGAGGGAGGAGAAUGACUGUUUCGGAGUUGAUGAACACGCUGAUUAAGACAGACAUUGAGGUCGCGACGCAUGUCGCCAUGUACGGGGGAACAGAAAAGGACGCCCUGAGACUCCGGCGUAGAAGCGUACCUUUGACACGGAAGAAAUCGUCCAUGUCAUAUCUGAGCGCUCGCUCCGAGACCGACACUGCUAUGGCCACCGAUGGUCCCGAUCGAACGAGUCUCACAUCAGUGGAGAUGGAAACGGAAGAGAAAGACGCUACAGAUUUGGCUAAAACACCAGAACCAUCGGACACAGAAGAUGAGAAAAUCGAAGAUAAGGACGACAAGAAGGAAGAGGAACAGAAGAAAGUCUCGUUUUCCACAUACUUCAAGUUUCUCUUGGUGAUGAUUAACAGCACUCUAACUUCAAUGACGAAAUACCUAAAUCGAUUCUCCCACGACUACAGAUAUAUCCGCAAGGUUUUAGCGAAAGAAAAAAAGGACCUGAAGGCAAAACCGGACUUUAAAAUGGGAACGCGAUUAGGAAUCAACCAAAUGUGGCAGCCGAUACCUCUAAUGCAGGAACGAUCAGCUACAAACGGCAAUACAGAGGAGCAGUAUGAUCCUGGAGAAGGUCCGAGCCAACCGGAGCAGCAAGGUGAAAGGAAGGGGAGCUCGUUGGCGGUGCCGCACAUCCGAAUUCUGGCGCCGAGUUUGGAGCGAGGAUUGGACAUGUCCUCCUCUAGCACACUUUUCUCGCAAGCCUUGGCAGUCAAACAAGACGAAGAAACUGGGGAACUCUCAGAAGUGGAUCAACCGCCCAUCAUACAGCUGGCAGCGUCUAUCUGGUUUGGAAUUUUGGCGCAUUCCAGUUUGCUUUGUUACUUUAUGGUAUUUCUUCAUCAAAUUAAGAAUGCGUCUGUGCUCUCGACACCAUUGCCGCUUAUGGUGUUCUUAUGGGGUUCUUUGACGAUCCCGCGACCCUCCAAAACUUUCUGGGUGACGAUGAUUGCAUAUAUCGAGGCCAUUGUCAUAAUAAAAUGCAUUUUUCAACUGGAAUUGAUUCCCUGGAAUCAAAAAGCUCAAAUAAACCAUCCAUUGUAUGAGCCGAGGAUUAUUGGUGUUCUGAAAAGAGCCAAUUACGCUCUAUGGGAUUUAUUACUGCUCCUUAUGUUAUUCUUCCAUAGAUUUAUGCUAAAAUCCUUGGGUCAAUGGACAUCUGCAUCUUUGAAACCACGGAAAAUUAUUCUUACUCAGUUAACUGCGGUGCCAUCGAAGCCGCCACCUUCAGACAAAGAACAAGAAGAGUCCGACAAACAGGAAGAAACCGAUUCUCAUGCAGAGGUCAAGGCAGAGAUAAAAGAAUCUGAGAGACGAUCUUUGAGCAUUCAUGCAUCGGGUGACGCAGAUGGUUCUCCACCCAUAACAGAUGAGAACAAGAAGCUGGUGGCUGUACAAGGACAAGAGCAUCCUCGUAGUAAAUUUUCUAAAACAGACGCCAUGAAUAUGGCAGUCACUAAACACGCUGAACCAAUGAAAAGCUUCUUUAAGAGAAUUAUUGAUCCAGCUGGCAAAGAGAAAACUAAUGUUUACGCCUACAUGUUCCUUUGUGACUUCUUUAAUUUCCUUCUGCUCAUUUUCGGAUUUUCCGCAUUUGGAACUCAACAAGGCGAUGGCGGAGUAACAGCUUACCUUCAGGAAAAUCGAGUUCCUAUGCCUUUCUUAUUGAUGUUAUUAUUACAAUUCGCUCUAAUCGUUAUCGACAGAGCGCUUUUCCUUCGAAAAUCUAUUGUGGGGAAGUUAAUUUUCCAAUACUGCUUAGUAUUCGGUAUUCAUUUAUGGAUGUUCUUCAUUUUACCGAGCGUAACAGAUAGACAAUUCAACGAUAAUAUUUUCCCGCAAAUUUGGUAUAUGGUGAAAUGCUUCUAUCUUUUGCUAGCGGCUUAUCAAUUGCGACAAGGAUACCCGACUCGAAUAUUGGGUAAUUUUUUAUGCAAAAAGUACAGCAUCGUAAAUUAUGUUUUAUUUAAAGGAUUUAUGUUAAUUCCGUUCCUCUUUGAACUUCGGGCAGUGAUGGAUUGGAUUUGGACUGACACGUCCAUGAGUGUAAUGGACUGGUUUAAGAUGGAAGAUAUUUUCGCUAGUAUUUAUCAAAUCAAAUGUAUGCGAGGAGUCGAAUCAGACUUCCCUCAACCUCGAGGAGAAAAGAAAAAGCAAAUGAGCAAGUACUUGGUAGGCGGAAGUUGUCUGUUGCUCAUAAUUGGCUUAAUCUGGUUUCCUCUACUUCUAUUUGCCCUUGGUAGCACCGUUGGCACGUCGAACUUGCCUUACGAUGUAUCCAUGAAAAUACGAAUUGGUCCAUACGACCCCAUCUAUUCCAUGUCGGCUCAAGGCAGUUCUAUCGUCGAAUAUACGGAAAAACAAUAUAAAAAUCUUACUACAGAUUUAUACGGAACGGAGAAGUCAGCUGUAACUUUUUUCGAAAAUUACAUCUAUUCUGAUGUGGCUGCAGUAAGAUUCGGUACUUUCUCGGGAAAACUUUGGGAUAUUUCUCCACCUGAUAAAGAAAGAUUGAAAACAGAAUUGGCGUCUAAUACCACGAAAGUAACUGUACACGUGGAAUGGACAGUCUCUAGGAGAACAGACGCCAAGGACGCCUCUGGAAUCACUACGACGGUUCGUGACAUAGAAUUGGAACCGUUUGUAAACGGACAGUUCAAUCCUAUAAGACAAACAUUAGUGGACAUGUUAAGCGAGGAUUCCGGCGCAACGAAUGCGACAAUAGUAUUGAAAAGCGCCUUUCCGAAAUUCCUUAAAGUCACUGCUAGAGAUACCAAAGUUGUACCACAAUUAAUGCAACCGCUAAAAUUGCCAAGAAAUCCAUCUGACAAAGAAGACAGCUAUCUCUACAGAAACAUGAGUGUUCAAUUAUCAACGAACAAGAGUUGUUGUGCUCAUCAACAAUGGUGGAUGGUUCGCGAGGUAUGCACGGACUCUGCGUAUACCGAUUUUUUGAGCAGAAUACCACUAAACAACUGCACGAAUAUCAUGAUGUUUCUAUUCAACGACAAAGCGUUCCCCGAAGGCUUAAGCUUCAUCAGCGGAUUUGGGAUCCUAGGAUUAUAUACCACGGCAGUAAUAGUCAUAAGUCAAAUGAUGCGGAAAAUCGUCAGCGAUAUGGCGCCCAAGAUUAUGUUCGACGAUUUACCUUACGUCGACAGAAUUCUUCGCCUCUGCUUAGAUGUUUAUUUGGUCCGCGAGAGCGGUGAUUUAUGUCUCGAAGAAGACUUGUUUGCCAAAUUGAUCUUCCUCUACCGAUCACCGGAAACACUAAUCAGAUGGACGAGACCGCCCGAAGAAGGAGAGCGAACUGAUAACGAAGAUGAAGAAGGAGAAGAAAUAGCGGAUGAAGAAAGAAGACAAGCGGAACCCUCAUCUCAUCGCGACUGAAUCUUGGGAAAUAACAGAAGUUCUUAAAUAAUUAAUAUUUUGUAUGCGCAUUGUGCGCACCAGAUGAUGCUACUUGGAAAAUUUCAAAUUUGGAAUGUAUUAUUCCUUCAAGGUGAUUUUUCCUUCAGGAUGGAUAAGACAAUAUUUAUAGUGUGGAGAUUAUUUUUACUUUAAAUUGUUAGAAAAUACAGAUAGAUAUCCAGGUCAAGAUUAAAUAACCAAAGAAUUGGACGAAAAAAUUGAGCGGUAUUUCAAGCUUGAAAGAUACUUUUGAAUUUUGUACUAUGAUAAACUUAUGUUACUCAUAUAUGUAAUAUUUCUCUUUCAUGAAUAAUGAUUCAUAUUCUUCUUUUGGGAAGAAUCGUUAAACUUUUCGGAAAAUAUUCAAAGAAAGCUCAAUUAAUAGAUUUUGCUGAAAAAUCAACUGCCCUAUCAAAGUUUCGUGAUACAAUUUUUUAUUAAAAUGUUACGAACAUUUUAAAAAUACCUAUAUAAAAAAAAUAUAUCGUAAUAUAAUUUAGUGUUUUAUCUCGAUGAUGAAAGUGAUGUGGUGAAACAAGUUUGCGAAUACUAAUAUCAUACAUAUAUUUUCAAAUUUAAAAGAAGUUUUUGUCUACAUGUAAUUUGAAAAUUUUGCACCAGACUAUUUAUCAUAAAGUAGAUAUAUUAAUUAUGUAAUUUCCAGAUAGCAAAACUUGAGUAUGCAAAAUCAUCCAAACAUAUUGCUGAAAAGAAUUUAUAUAUUGCCACAAACAGUGAGUAAACAUGAAUCGUAGCUCCGUCUAGAAUUCAUAAUUAUGAUGGUAUUUUUAUAGCAAAGAUAUAUAAAUUGUUUCCGUCAAUAAUAUGUAGACUGUUGCUGAGCAUUUGUGGACGCAGCUUUAUUAUUAUUAUUAUUUGCGCAAACAUUCGUCACAAUUUAAGCACAUAUUUCGUAAAUAUAAUAGGCGUUUUGCUAUCUGAAUUGUUCUUAUCACAAUUCGCUCAUUUGUUACAACGACAUAACUCAAAAAUCUUCAUUUUUGCAUCUGAAUUGUUUGCAAAAGAAGGGUGAACAUUCAAUACACUGAAUAAAAAACUAAUAUAUAACUAGAUAUUUUUGUUCCUCUACAGUCAGUUAUUGCACCAAAAUCGCAUUUAAAAGUAUGAUAUUAAAAAUUUUUAAUAAUUCAAAACAUUCAAACUUAGUUUUGGAAAAUCUCGUUUUCUGAGUUGUCAUUGUUGUAGCAAAUGAACGAAUUGUAUAUGUAUAUACAAGUAUUUUAUAUAAUUAUUAUGUAAAUGGAUUAUAUAAUUUUUACAUAAUUACGAAAUGACAGAUUCUGUUCGAUUUUUGCAGUCAAUCAAAUUUUACUAACAGAUUUUGUUAUAUUUAUGCUGGCAUUUUGCCGACAAAAUUUUUAGAAAAUAUUUUGCAUAAUCUAUUUUUAAAAAACAUUUUGCAAUUUAUUUGUUUAUAUUAAGUAAAUUCUGUUUAAAUCCACUAAUUGAGGCGCAUUUAAUCACAAGGAUUAAUAUUUUUUGCAAAAAGUAUUUGCAAAACAUCAACGGUGGCAUCGUAAAUUUUUAAAAAUAAAUGUAUCUAUCAAUGGACACGGUACAAUCUUAAAAUGCUUUUAUUGUCGAAGUUUGUGUGCUUAGUGAAAAUAUGUGUAUGUUUCUAGAUUAUGCAUUUAAUUAAAAUGUCUUACGAUUAUUCGCAAGACAUUGAUCAUUAAUUAAUCGAUAUGAUUGAUUUCUCAGUCGUUUUUAUACGUAUUUUUAGUUGCAAAAGCGUACAGCCUUGCAAUUUGGCUAAUUUGCCAAAGAUGUCCACACUUUAAGUAUUUAAUGAGAAAUGUAUGUAUCGCAAGAAGAGAAUGUUUAUAUUGUAUAUAAAUAUGUGUGUGAAAAUAUAUCAGCUACUUAAUGCAA